UUCUAUUUGCACCACAAUCUUCUUCUUCUUCUUUUAUCAGUCUCUCCAUGGAAAUCCCACUUCUGUUUUAAGCCACAAGUUUCAUGCAUUUCCCUCAACAUGUUUAUAUAUAGCUUCUCAUUGCACUCUUGUUUCGAUUCUCUUAGAGCCAGUAUUCUUCAAUGGCUAUCCUACCCCAUCAAAAAUGUUCAUUAAGGUCCCUAGAAUAUGUCCCCACAUGGCAUCGGCCGUGCCACAGUACGCGUGUCAUAUGCUCAGCCUCUACCAGUACCAAGCCUGAGCCCAGGUCGAGCAGUCCUAACCAGCUAAUCAUCGAGCCACGGCUAUUAGCUUCUCCUCCUCUGUUCAAUGACCCAACUUUGCAGUCAACAUCGGCUCAUCGAGCUUGGGUCGCAACUGGGUGCACCACUGUGCUUAUUUCACUAGCCAAGUCCAUGGUGGCUGCAGCCUCUUCUCAUGUCUGGCUUGAGCCCAUUUUGGCAGGCUACGUUGGUUACAUUUUAGCUGAUCUUGGGUCCGGUGUCUACCACUGGGGCAUUGAUAAUUACGGUGAUGCUUCAACGCCGAUUUUCGGUUCACAAAUUGAUGCCUUCCAGGGUCAUCAUAAGUGGCCCUGGACGAUCACCAGGCGCCAAUUUGCUAACAAUUUGCAUUCCUUAGCUAAAGCCAUAACCUUUACAGUGUUACCUUUGGAUAUCUUUUGUAAUGAUGCAAGUAUUACUGGAUUUGUGAGUGUCUGCGCAGGCUGCAUUAUGUUUAGCCAGCAAUUUCAUGCCUGGGCUCAUGGUACUAAGAGCAAGUUGCCGCCAUUAGUGGUGGCGUUACAGGAUGCAGGGGUGCUUGUGUCGCGGUCACAACACGCUGUACAUCACAGGCCGCCUUACAACAACAAUUACUGCAUAGUAAGUGGAGUUUGGAAUGAGUUUUUGGAUAAACAGAAGGUGUUUGAAGUCUUGGAGAUGGUCUUGUUUUUCAAACUUGGUGUUCGACCCCGGUCUUGGAGUGAACCCAACUCUGAGUGGGCUGAAGAGGCUGAGACUCCUUCUCAAGUUGCAGCACGCUGAUAAUUUUUUUUUUCUUCUCGAGGGUUUGAUAAGUUUAUGGCCAUUUCCUUUUUCUUUUUGAUGGAUAAGGUGAAGGAGGAAAACAAAACAAUAUUGCUACUUUUAUGGAUCAGUCCUCUGCUAGAUACAAUUUAUAAACAAAAUUCUACAGGGUGAAGAUUGUGGGGCGACC